UAAUCUUCAACAGGAUUAACUAGUUAGUUUGAAGUUAUGUAAGUGGUGAAAGUCAAAGACACCAGAGAGCAGUUAAAACGAUUUCUUUCUCCAUAACAUUUACAAUGACAUGUGUAGUGCUAUUCUUACGAGAAGAAGAGAAGAAAAACAACCCACACCGUUUUUUUCGGUGUUGCCGAGGCCAUGGCAACAUAUUGUUGGUGGAAACAGUGAGUGCAUUAAUUUAAGCAGCAGUUGACCGUGAAUAAAGAUGGACACACAGGACCACCAGACAACUUCAAAUGAACUUCAGGAGCGACUUCAAGCUCUGACAGAAGAAAAUUUGCAGCUGCGUGACAAAAAUGAACGCCUUUUCACCAAAGUGGGCUACCUGGAGAGCAGACUGGGCCACCUGGCCAGCUCCAACACAGAUCUGUCCUGCAGGCUGGUCCAGAGUGAAGAGGAAAAACUCAAGAUAUCUAAGGAGCUUGUGGAGGAGAAAAUUCUGACAAACAAGAUGAAAGAGCAGUUUGAAGAAGAGAAGUUUGAGCUGAAAAACAAGAUAUUGAACCAAGCUGGUGGAAUAACAGAGCUUGAGAUGGAACGAGACACCUUAUUCAGGGAACUCCAGUCUGCUGAGGCUCGUCUGAAAGUGGGAGAGAAGAGCGGCCAAGACUGGACAGAGGAGUACGCCACACUGAAGAAGAACUACCUAGCUCUGGCUAAGGCCCAUGAUGAAGAGCUGGCCCAGAGUGAAGAGCUAAGUGCUGAGCUGCUGGCACUGGCCCAGGCCCAGGACGCCCUCCGUAGGCAGCUGCAGGAGCAGCAGCAGAGUGUGAAGACUACCACCCAAGGCCUGCACGGUGAGCUGGACAGGGUGCGGGCCUUGAUCAGCCGCAUGUCACGUAACAGGGUCAAGCUUGAGGAUCUGGCAGCUUUGGACAAGGAGCAAAAAUCUAUGGAAAAAACUCUACUUGGAAACCAAGAUGAGAUCAAAGACAUGCUGGAGAAAAUGAAGAACAGCUACGAGGAGCAGCUGAAGAAACUGGAGGAGAAAGUGGUGGCAAUGGGGAAAGCCCACCAGGAGAACAAAAGAGCGAUCCACAAUCGACAGCAGGAACUAUUUGAGCAGAGUGGGGCCCUGAUGUGCUCUCAGAGCCAAGUGAAGGCGGUAGAAGAAGAGAACUCAAUGCUGCAGCUUCAAGUCAAAGAGCUGAAUGAGGAAUACCGUGCAAGGCUUAUGUGCUAUUUACAGGACUUAGCUGAGUACAUUGAUGGAGUUGGAGAAGGUAAAAGCCCUUCAGAGACUUCUGAGAUGAGGGCACACGUGGACAGCAUGCUCCAGGAUGUUCGUUCAUCCUACAGGGUCAGGGAGGAACAGCUCGCCUCUGCUGCUCGCUCCUAUAAGAAGAGACUUCAGAAGAUCACCAAGACCCAUCAUGCUCUCCUUAUUGCAUACAGGGUUCAGAGGGAGCUGGUCUUGGCCAAACCAGAGAGCGGUCUUGACCCUGGACCCCCAGAAGCCUGCUUCAGCCUGGAGCCCACUGAGCUCAGACAUGAAACUGAGAAGGAGCUCCAGCACCUUCGCCAGGACAAAGCGAGGCUGGAGGGUCAGCUGCAGGUGGCCCAGGAGCAGGUGGCUGUCUUAAAAAUGCCUGUUCAGAAUUUAAGCCAACAGGACUCGGCAUGCGAGGAAUCCUGGACGGACAUAAGGAAACAGCUGAGGGAGAUCACAGACUCUACACUGGUGAACUUUGAGAAGGAGCGCGCCCUUCUCAUCACCAGGGCAACAGUUGCAGAGGCGCAGGUGUCGGAGUUGCAGGACUAUAUUGACAACCACCUGGGCAGGUAUAAAGAGGAGAUCUCACAUCUCUGCAGACUGCAUGGGAUACAGGAGGCCGGGCGUUCCCAAAGUGCUAAUUCAUCACUCCAUUAAGAAAACUGGCCACAAAAUCUGAAUCCCAGUCAUAUAUUGCAAUGUAAUUUAACAUUACACGGUUUUUAAGUUAAAUCUCAUGCACAUUAAAUCUCAGAUUUAAACAUUUAUUUAAUUGAAAUCAUACACAAACAGUAAGCUAGUUUUGUUCAAAUUAAAACUGAUUCUUUUCUAAGUGGAUAUAUAUAUAUAUAUAUAUAUCUGAAUACCUUUUUUUGACCGGAGAAUGUAUGGUGUGUGUUUACACCAUCACUAGGUGGUGCUGCUCAUACUGGUGGUUUUUCUAUGAAAGGCCCCCAAAGAAAUCCGGCCUUGAGAAAAAAAUGCCUGGAAUGUUUGUAAAGCUUAUGUCAAUUUCACGAGCUCGGGAGAAGAAAGCGUGGUUACAAUGAGGGGUCAUUCUGGUGAGAAUAAUGUCAUUACAUGUUACCCAGACACAUACACGCCUGUGAAUACUUUCCCUCAGUGCCGUGCUGAGAACUGUGGCGCAAACAAGACAGGCUUUUUUUUCUUUUUUUUUCCAGAGUGAGUGUUCAUAUUUAUAACCUCAGUGUGUGAAUAGGCAUCUAUUCCCUUUAAAUCCCUUUAACAGUGAAAAGUUCCGCAUUUUUUCUUCAGUUUUGGUAGCUUGGUUUCAUGUCAUACUGCGAUAGCUGGCAUAACUUUAACAUUGGUAAAUCCUUUAUGGAAAAAAAGUACUUCAAAAGUUGAAAUGUUUCAUUAAAAAAUGUCAGUAAGAGUUAUGUUGA